AUGGCAUAUGAAGGAAUCUUUAGUUUGCUUAACAUUGGAGCAUUAAGAGUAAACAAAGAAAAACCUAUCACCUUGGAACAGAUUGAAAAUAACCUUCAGAAGAUGAAGUUAAAACUGUCAAUAAAUUCAACAUCACUUGCCCAACAAUUGGCUCUAGGUUUAAGAAAUAUAUCAGCUUCUAACCUUGAAUGGAAUGUUCCACUAGCCAACUGUAUAAUUGAUGAUAGUUCAGAUUUGGAACAAUGUAAUCAAGAAUUGAAGGAAAAUAAUAAGAAAAAAUGA